CUGGCUUCGUGUUGUCAGCUUCCGGUCGCCAGGUCCCAGGCCGCUUCGCUCUUAUCAAUGGACGACCUUGCCGUUUGUAAACAAGAUGCAGUUUUUUAGGCGAACCGUCUCUUCAUUUGCGAAAUACGCCUUUUUCAGGCCGACGAGGGCCAAAAACCUGGUGGCUUUACCGCACAGACUGCUUUUCAGCUUGGACAAAUACAAAACUGGAGCAUUUUUGAUUUCCCUAUCAUGGUUCCGUUCCUCAAAAGAAGCGAAUAAAGAGGAUGCUUUAAGAAAAACUUUAUUAUCGACUGCUGAUGCGUUGUACAAGGAGAGCAAAUACAGAGAAAUUUGCACUCUGCUAGGUGAUUACAAGGAUGGAAACGAUGUUGAAAUUCUUUGGAGGCUGUCGAGAGCGCAAUACAAUCUUUCCCAAGAGAUUGCGACAAGUCCGGAAGAGAAGAAGUCGCUCAUUUUUGCGGCGUAUGAAGUUAUUUCAAAGUCACUGGCCCUAGACAAAGACCAUUUCGCUAAUCACAAAUGGAUGUCAAUUUUGCUCGAUGCCAAGAGUACUUACGAAGGCAUAAAGACCAGAAUUACGCAUCUGCAGACUGUCAAAGAGCACAUGUUGAAAGCUAGUGAAUUAAAUCCAAAUGAUGCUACCACACUUUACAUGCUUGGCUUGUGGUGCUAUCAAAUAACAGAUAUGCCAUGGUAUCAAAGGAAAGUUGCAUCUACUAUUUUCACAGCACCCCCAGUCUCUUCGUACGAAGAAGCACUUAUAUAUUUUUCAAAAGCUGAAGAAGUUGAACCAAGAUUUUACAGCCAAAAUCUCUUGAUGCUAGGAAAAACGUAUUUGAAACUCAACAAAGAAGACAAUGCAAGAUACUAUUUGAACCUUGCAUGCGAUUACCCGAUUUCAAACGAUGAUGACUUAUUGGCGAGCAAAGAAGCUUGUGAACUUCUGGAGAAAUUAAAUAAAAAGUGAAUUGAACAUAACUAUGUACCACUUUUAUUCGCUUGUGUUUACGUGCAUGUAAGAUAAUUAAUUUUUAUUAAAUGUGAUAUUUAUAUUUUAAGUUGUCAAUUUUUUAAAAUUAAUCUCAGCAAAUAUAUAUUAUUAGUUAAACAUUAAAAAAUAUAUAUAU